CGUCUCGUUCAGACAGAUGAGUGUCGUGAAGUGUUUAGGGGGUUGGGAUAGUCUGUUUUUUGUGUAUGGCAAACGGCAAUUGAGUCAAAACAAGGGAAGUUAGUUUCAAGGGAGUGGUUCUUGAUUUAAAUCUUAAUGCUAUUGUCCAAUUUUUGUUGGUGACAGUAACAGAUGAAAUAUAAUAUCGAGAUAGAUGAGUUCUAGCGUUAUAGUAUGUGUAAUUUUUUAAUAAAAGUUUGCAUUUUGUGAAAUGCCGAUGUGAUACGGUACCGCAGAAAGGACCAGAACAGACAAGAUGAGAGAUCUGAGGGUGGUACUGCUCCUAGGCAGCUGUAUUGGUCUAAUAUCUAGUCAAACGGAGGAUUUUGCCUUCGAACAGGAAAACAUGCCAACACAGUCACUGCCACCACUGAGGAGGUUAUGGGGGAUCCCCGACUCCAGGGGGCAAGUCGGGAGGUUCCUGCAGAUCUCUGUACCAGUGGACGCUUUUGAGGGAGUCAUCAGUAAAUACGAGGCGUCAGGCGCUGGAGGAAAGGCGCUGCCGAGCUGGUUACGCCUAGAUUCAACCACUGGGCUGUUAGAGGGAGUGCCAGGGGAGGGGGACGAAGGCGAGGUGUAUAUAGCCAUGGUGGCGGUCGGACCACAACGACAACAUACUGCCAAAGACUACUUUGCCAUCGAGGUGCUGCCGCAUUCGUAUACACAACACUCACUCAUCAAGGAAAGGUGCUCUCCAGGUGAAGAUGUCACAACACUCACUGUCGUGGUAGACAAAGACUACAAGUCAAUGACUACUGAUAAUAAGAUCUCUGUAUUGACCAACUUAGGGAGAUAUCUAGGAAUGUCUCAUGAGAAAUUAAGUCUGAUACCCCAAAGCACGGCAGAUGUGCUGACUGACUCAGCAAUCAUGGCGGGUCCUGGAAAUACCAAGAGAAAGUUGGCUGACCAUUCCUCAGUUAUCCAGUGGCAGGUUGGCUGUGGAGGGAAAGUGUUGCCUAAAUACUCGUCCCAAGUACAACAGGUGAAGCAUGACGCCUAUGACGGCACGCUGGCAGAGGUUCUGCAGUUUCCUGUCAUCGGAUGGCAUCUCACAGUCAGCUCCUCGAAUCCGCCAUUCAGGCACAGACGGCAGGUGGUAGGGUCAGGUGACAGUGAGAACGAUCUGGAGGAUCUUGAUACCCUGGAGGAGGAGAUAGUUGCAGUCCCUGCAGAGACUGGUGUUGAGGAGGCGGUUCCCGAAUCGAGGGUGGUGCCGAUCGCAGCUUCACCAGUGUUUGCUGAGCCAUCCACCACCGUGCCCACUGUGGUCCACCCUCACAGACACCACCAUGGCGAGCUGCCAGCCUCUAUAGAACCCACGUACACCAGUCUCCUCACCAGUCCUGCACCGUUUGCUACCAUCAUGCCUACACCGACCUACGACCCGGAGAGGCCUGCUGUGUUCCCCACACUUCUAGUCACUGCUAGUCAAGUAGAAGAGUUCUCUGUGGCACCGACUCCGGUUGUAAGUCAAGUGGAGCCAUCCGUCACUCCAGAAAUGCCAACCCCUCAGGAGACAGACCCUCAGGUGGUGGAGAGUUCUUCGGAACAGUCCUCGACCGAGGCCCUGACGACAGCUCCUCCUCCAUUGGAGGCCACAACGAAACAGACAGUGGAAGUUGUCACUGCAGAAAACACUCCUCCUACCAUAAACUUCAAACUCCCCAGACAGGCUAUCACUGCUGGUAAACCCUUCAGGUAUGUGAUACCGGAGGAUGUGUUCUCGGAUUUAGAAGAUGGCAAUACUCGAAAGCUACACCUCACACUCAAGACUCAAGAAGGAUCUCCUGUUCACUACUCUUGGAUACACUUUAAUCCUGAGAACCAGGAAGUUAUUGCUCUGCCGCUGGAGGAACACGUGUCGCGGUGGGCGUUCACACUGGAAGCUCGGGAUGCCGAGGGGCUGGCGGUGAACGAUACACUGGAGUUGAAUGUGCAAAACCACAAGGCGCGACGGACAGUGACACACGCACUGACCUUGGACUUGGCUCUGCAGAGCACUCCAGCACCGGUGGAGUGGCAGUUAGCAGCAGUGGAACGGUUGGCGGCACUGUACGGUGACCAUGACACGGCACUGAUAACUGUGCUGGGUGUCACACCUCAGGAUGAUCCCAUCACCUUUACCUGGACAAAUGAUUCGCUGCCGAGGAACCACUGUCCACGGGAGCAGAUUGACAACUUACUACGGGUACUAAGGGCCAAUGAGGACGGCAAGCCGACAGAUGCUGUGCGGAAUCUGUUGUCGCCCCAGAUCACUGUGGUGAGAGUGUCGUGGGUGGGACGAGGCACCUGUGAGACUGCUCCUGCCCCAAAGCCUCUGCCUCCCUCCACCCAGAACUUCUCCCCAAUCCCUCGCAACCAGGUGGAUCUGCUCAAUGCCACACUGGGACAGUUGCUGGUUUACACUGUACCCGAGGACACUUUCUAUGACCCGGAGGACGGCAGCACUCGCAACAUGAAACUGUCACUGCUCAACAUGGACCGCUCGCCCAUCGGCUCCACACACUGGCUGCAGUUUGACAUCAAGAAUCAGGAGUUCUAUGGCAUUCCAAUGGCCGUCUUCGACAUUGGCAGGAGGGAGUACCAACUGGUUUGCAAAGACAGUGGAGGUUUGACGGCGUAUGACGGUUUGGUAGUUGUGGUCCACCCGCCGGCCAAGACACUGUACAAUGUGGAGUUUAGCAUGACCUUGGACAUCGAACACGAUACUUUCGCGUACAACCCGGCGAUGAAACGCCACUUUGUCGAGCGACUAGCAGAACUCUUCGGUGAUAGAAACGCCAGUGCCAUCGUGCUCAGUGGGGUGUCAGCGAACCCCACACACAUUGUGUGGCACAAUCGCUCCUUGCCCACGGACAAGUGUCCGGAUGAAGAGAUUAAGCACCUCAGACAGAUUCUUCUGGGUGACAACGACAGAGUGUCAGUCCAGGUGAAUACAGUCCUCGGUCCGGAGUUCCCUGUGACGCAAGCCUCACUCAUUCCCACUGCCAGUUGUCAAGCCAUCAUGACGGUGACACACCCCGUGGAGCCUGUGUACCCGAGCGGAGAUGUGCGGCCAGUGUCUCGAUCUAACGACGAAUACUUGGUCACCGUCAUCGUGCCAGCUAUCGUCAUCGCAGCAAUGCUCCUAUGUGCCAGUCUUGUCGCCUGUGCCCUUUAUCGCCGGCGAAGAACAGGGAAGAUGUCUGUUGGUAGCGAGGAUGAGAGACAGAGCUUCCGCAGCAAAGGGAUUCCCGUUAUAUUCCAGGAUGAGCUGGAGGAACGGCCGGAGCCUGCCAACAAGAGUCCUGUCAUCAUGAAGGAGGAGAAGCCCCCACUGCCCCCGCCCGAGUAUCACCAACGGACCGCUCUGCUGUCGGACACGGACCACCACGAGGACUCACCUUACCAGCCGCCCCCGCCGUUCCCCACCAGCAGAGACUCCGCCCGCCCCAAGCCCACGCCCACCUACAGAAUGCCACCUCCGAAUUGAGGAAACGAGUACAAGACCAAAGGAAGUACGCCCAGACACGUAUCUAGGCUACCGUAGUAUAACUACCUUUACUUUCACUGUGGCUUCCAAAUAGGUAUUUAGUGUUACCAUAUCAGUUAUAUCUGUAGACCUUUCGGGGGGAAGAAAACUUCCAAAAACUUGUUGACCUGCUGUUCUGUACAGAGAAGUAUAACAGAGAAUUUCAUUUUUAUAUUUAUUUUAACAUUCUAAAUGUAUAAUCCUGAUAAGUUUAAUUUAUUAAAUAUUUUAUUAAUUGUUAGACCUAUUUGACAAUAUGAUUUCAUCUUUCAUAUUGUACCUUUAUUAUAUCCUAUGGUCAAAGCACAAAAUAGCCGUUUAAAAAAGUUGUACUUUAAUUUGUUGAAGCACAUGUAGUGGAUUGUUGCAAAGUUCUUAUUUGGCCAAAGUACUUAAGCCUUGCACUAAGCUUGUGGAAACCUUGCUCACCGAAAUCUGUGUGAGGAUGAAUGAAACUCACAAAAACACGAAAAGUUAGCAGGCCAAUUUGAGUUCAAAUGUUUUUAUUGUAGUAACGCAUUUAAUUGUUAACACAAAAACCAAGUUUGUCAAUUCCAUGUAGUUUCCAUGAUUUAUUUUAUUUGAUCUCUAUAGAUUUUGAUGUGGUAUCGUUUAAAAUUGCAUAAUAAACCAAUUGCAUAAUAUCCAGUGGUUUUGGUUAAAAAAUGUUAUGAAAACUGAAAUAAAAUAUACGUACGAAAUAAUUUUUAUUUAGAAAUAAAAACAGCUUGAGACAUGUUUCAGUUGUAAUUUAGUUAAAUGUAGAAUAUUUUGACAAAAUGUUCAAAUUAUUUGGUAAUAUGUGAUUUAGAAAUUUUUUGACAACUUUUACAUUCCUUGUAACACUAAUUAAUUACUUGUGUUAAAUAUUUUGAAUAAUAUUAACAUUAUUAAUGCCUAUAUUAUGUAUGCAGGUGAUAGAAAGAAUUAAACACUGUAUUUUGAUGAGGCGUUCUGUCAUAAUUUUAAACUUUUCUGAGUUGAACACUUCAUAUUGUUCACCAAAAUAUAAGAAAUAAAUGUCCUGUCAUUAGUUUAAACUAUUACAUAAGUUACAUAGUUUUAUGUAUGUACUAUAUCGUAAUUUAACGUGGCUGAACUUUGCCGGUUAAUUAUGAGAAUUCUAAAUUAAUCAACGAAUCAAGUGGUCAUAUUCUAAAUAGAUUAUAUAUUUCAGUAUUAAAAUAAUUACUUGAUUUCAAGUUUAAUUUAAAUGAAAUUGUUAAUUCCAACUCCACCAAAUAGUAAUGCCAGUAAGUGUAAUUUUGUUGUGUGCUGUGGUAGUUGUAACAUACAUAUCAAGACAAGAUAAAUGUUUUAAGCACUUUUUGAUUGCUUAUGUUAAAUUUAUGAUUGAUCCAAUUUACAUGUGUGUGUAAUUACUUUUGUCAGAAUUCUAUACAGAAAUGGAAUUAUAUUAUCCACACCAAAAUGUUAUUGUUGUAGUUGAAGUUUGACUGAAAGUGUUAAAGUGUCAUAGUUAUUAUCCUUUUAUAUAAUUAAAUUAAUUAUAAUUGUCCUUUUUAAGCUAACAAUUUUAAUCCACAAUGUUUUUUGGAGAAAUAUCUGUAAUUAAAUUACGCUAAAACUAACAGAAAUAUGGACAUUUGCUGCUUUUUGUUACAAAUACUGAAACAAGAAGUUUCAAUAGCCAGUAUCUGCUCUCUUCUUCAGGUAUCAAACCAUAAAACUUAUUUUGAUUUGUUAAUAUUCCUGCAUGUGUACCGUAAUUUUCAGUCUUUGAUAUCUGAUUUUGGGAAGGCGAUAAUCCUAUUGUCCUUUGAAAUCAUUGCAAUAAUAAUAAAAAACCUCAACUAAGAAAACAAAUGUAGGAAAAAAAAGGCGAAAAAGAUGGAAAACAAUGUUAAUCUUUUAUUGUAAUAUGAAAAAAAUCUAAGAAAGAACGCAUCCUACCAUAAGAAUAAUCUAACGCACACUCACAAAUUAUAACGAUAAAUAUUGUUUAUCGUUAUAAUAUAUCAUGUAAAAAAUAUUUAUAAAAUGAUAAAUAUUUUUUACAUUACAAUUUUUACAUGUUAUUUUUUACAUUAUAACAGAAAGUUUAUGCCUAAAUAAUGCAUUUUACAUUAUUUUAAGUAAUUUUAUGAAUUUUGAUUUGGUUUUGUAUUUUAUUUAUUAGACUUUGUAUUGUUUAAUGUAGCAAAUUUGUAAAGUUAGUGUAUUAUUUUUACAUUUUGUUAGAAAUAUUAUUGUGUUUUCUAUUUUGUAUUGGUAUGUAUUUAAAAUUACUAUAAUGUCAGUGUGUAAUUCACACCUUUGUAGUGAAUGACAAAAACAACAAUAAAUUAUUCAAAUUUCUGCAAAACUUACACUUCUUAACCCUUCAAAUGUUGGUUAAUAUAAAUGAACCAAUAAAAAAUUCUGUUUUUAUUAAACAGUUACUACAUACAUGUUAUUAAUAAAUUUAAACAUUCAAUUUUAGAUUUUCCUACCAAGAAACGUUCAAUAUAUUAGGAAAAAUAUUCUCUUAUUCAUUAUUUAACUAAUUUAAAUGUUUAAAUGGUUUAAUCUGAUAGUGCGUUGGGAUAUAAUAAAAAAUUAAAUUGUUGAGGAAUAAUUUGUUGAAUUAAUUUAUUUUAGCGUUAAUGAUUUUUUACAGAGUCCCACAUGUUACAUAUAAGAAUUUUAACUAAACAAUUCACUCACCUUAAACAUGCCUCCUCAAAAUAAAAAAUCCUAAUUUAAAUUUAGAAUUUAAUUUAGUUAUAUACACACACUACAUAUUAUAAUGUCUAUAUGCUGUACAAAUAGUAUUUUUUACUAUCAAUAUUUUUUCAUACUUCCUUCUUUGCCUUUUAUUUUAAUUUUAUACUUUUUAAAUACCAAAUAGGCCUUAAUUGUUUGUAAAGAUCAUGACGAUGUGAUUGUUAUUUUAAUUUUACUCUUACUUUUUCUCUGCGUCCUGUAAAAGCUUUCAAUCUUGUUCCGUUAAAUGUUUAAUAAAAUUUGUUACGCUAAUUUUGAUAUUAAUUUCCAGGUAUUCCGUAUCAUGCAUGUAUGUUUUUGAUUAGUCUUAUGUGUUCAUAGUUGUUAAACAAAGUAAACUCUUUCGUAUUGUAACAUUUUUACUAAAGAAUUUAUAUACAAUUUAUUUUAUACCCUUUUUAUACAGUUAAUUGUAUUGUACUAAUGAUUUUAUUGUUUACAGAGAUAUGAUUGUUUAAUCACAAGAAAAAGAGCUUGUUAAUGUUGAUAAAACCUAGAUUGUAGAUUCGAAACAGUUUGUUUAAUACUUUUGUAUGUUAACACAAUGAAAAAUACUUUGAUGUAAGAUGUACAAAUAUUUUCACAAGUAUUCUCAAGUUUACACGGUAAAUGUUGUUUUUUAGAUUUGUCUAUUUACUUUUGGAACUCGAUAAUUGUGAUUUAGACGGUCAUUAUUUCGGUAGUCCAGCCUACAUUUGGGCCCAGACGGACAAUAAUCAAUGUUUUCAUGUCAAUUCCUAUCAUAUCUAUUGUACGUCUUGUAGACUAGUGUAGGCCUAGUGCUUGGAUUGGCAUCUCAUCAUAUCCGUCAGUGCCAAAUGUUUUUGUUGUUGUAUGUACGGUACUUUUGUAAUGACUGUCAAUAAAAUGGCUUCAAUAAAUACUAAUUGUGUUUAAUACAA